AUGUGGGUGUUUGAGAAGAUCAGGGAGAGCAUGGAGAACAUUCCUCUAGAGCUGAGUCGUUACCUGGCUAAGAGUGAGGAGGAUAUCUUUCCGUCUUCUAAGGCCAGUCUCUCUUACUAUCUGCACAACAACAUCCUCACCCCAGACAAGAUCCCAGAGUUCUGCCUGCCCCCCAAGCUUUGCAAGAGAAGCCCGCUGCUGGAAGCUGAGACAGUGUCACCUUACCUGCAUCUUCAGUACCAUAUGCCCAAGAGCAGCACUUCGUAUGUAAAGACAAAGGACGUGAAGAUGAAGAAUGGUGAUGCAUCAAUGGCUUGGAAAGCUACAAAGAAACCUUUGCCAUUCUCUGCAGAGGCGUAUGGCCUGGCUGGGAUAUAUGAGAGCCCGAACACUCGAAGGAAAGAGUCUUUGUUCCACUCAAAGUGUCCUCUUUACAUAUUUGAUAGAAGCCUUCCUACUGCGGCACCCAGGCUGGCAAAGGUGACAAACCUGCCCAAGAAAACAUUAUCUGGGUUUUUCCCUUUGUUUUCAUCCAAAAGCCUGUCAGACACAGGAAGCACAGGAAGUGAAACACCUUCUUCCAGUGACUCCUCUCCCCUCAGUUCCCCUUAUAGUGCUAAAUCCUCCCUCUACUUCCCACCAGGCAGUAGCCGUCUUAAAGGAGCAACAUCCUGUCCCUCAUUAAAUGACAGAAGGGUGGACAGAGGGAGGUGGAAGAGGGGGGGGUUAAGUUUAACAAACUCGCCCAGUAGCCCUCCAAGCUUAAAGGGAAGCUCAGACAGCUUAGCCCCACCUGUCCUCCUCCCAUUGGAUGUUCUGCAGUGCCAGGAGGGACUUCAGCAUGAGCAUGUCCUCCCUUUGCAGGGCCGGGGUAAAGUCCGCGUCUUCGCUGAACACAGCACAUUCUCCACCAACACCUUCCCAUCACUUUCCACAGUCAGAGUCCGUGUGGUGUCUGUGGAAGGUCUCUGGGAAGAUACUGACCGACGAACCCUGAACUGUGCAGUUAAUCUGUGUCUGACCCCGGGGAAACUGCAGCAACAGACGAGCGCCACCAUCAGGAACUCCAGCAGCCCUGUGUUUAAUGAAGAGUUCUUCUUUACUGAGCUCAGUAGGGAGGAUCUGCUGGAACUGCAGCUCAGGUUAAAAGUGGUGUAUAAACCUGCAGCUGUAACAUUGAGGAGAGAGACAGUGAUUGGAGAGACCACCAAACCACUGUCUCAGUUACUUUCUCUUAAAAAAGGGUAG